AUGGAGGCGCCCGGCGACGAUGCCAGCGACCCGACGCUCAAAUCGGCGCUCGCGCAGGAGGUCGGCGCGCUGCGCGAGGCCAACGAGUCCGCCGGCGCGCCGUCGGCGCCGGCGCCCGCCGGCGACAUCUCCUGGGAGAACGUGACGGACGACGGCCUCGUGAAGAAGGCGACGCUGCGCGCGACGAGCAUGAAGGUGCCGCUCUACCCCGUGGACGGCAUGGAGCUCAAGGUGCACUACACGGGCACGCUGCCCUACGUCGAGGGAGCCGACGAGCCCUUCGACUGCUCGCGGAAGCGGAAGACGCCGUUCACGUUCACGCUCGGCCACGGCGCGGUCAUCGCGGGCUGGGACGAGGCGUUCUGCAAGGUCGCCGUCGGCGAGACGGCGCUCAUCGAGGUGGGCCCGGCCUACGGCUACGGGUCCGAGGGCCACCCGCCGGUGAUCCCGCCGGACGCGCACCUCCGCUUCGAGGUCGAGCUCCUGAGCGCGGCCGUGAAGAAGAAGGAGCUGCACCAGCUCACGGCCGAGGAGAAGUACGAGCUGUCGACGCUCCACAAGGCCAAGGGCCUCGAGCUCUUCGCCGCCCAGGAGUGGAAGGGCGCGCGCCGCGCGUUCGCGGAGGCGGUGCACUACUGCGACGCGUCGACCUACACGCGCAACGACAAGCCGCUGCCCGACGACGUCGCCGCCGUCUACCUCUCCUGCCACCUCAACGCGUCCCAGUGCGCCCUGAACGCGAAGGAGUGGCCCGCGGCGGCGGCCUACGCGACGCGCGCGGUCCGGCUCCGACCCGACAGCGUCAAGGCGCUGUACCGGCGGGGCGUCGCGCGGAGCCGCAUGGGCCUCCUCGACGAGGCCAAGGCGGACCUGAAGAAGGCCGCGGCCCUCGACCCGAAGAACAAGCCCGUGCGCGUCGCCUGGGCCGAACUCAAGACCCUCGUCGCGGAGCAGACCAAGGGCCAGAAGACGACGUUCAAGGGCGCGUUCGACAAGGUGAGCCUCUUCGGCGACAAGCCGUCGAAC